CGUUUUAUUCCCAUCUCCAUCACGGUUUAAAUUAAGUGCCCACUCAAAUUGUAAGAAUUGCCGCUGUAAAUUGGAUGCUCUUAACUAAUACUAGAAUAGUUUGCUUUUGAUUGGGCUAAAGAACGGGAUCCUAUUCUGAAAUUGACUAAGGGGAAUAUUGGAGAUUUUCUUUUAUUUUUGCUAUAUUUUAAGCUAGCCGCCAGAGCAAAAAAAUCUGUUUUAACUGGUAAAUCAGAAUAACUCGAUCUAUUCAUAUUAUAUGAACUUGGUGUAUCACUAGCAUGGUCCAGUAAUAGAAGUACAAGAUGGUGUUUUCAACGUUUAUCAAACAGGCAAAAUGUGGUGAAAAGAUAUCAUUCUUUCAAUCUGCCUAUCCAUACUUGAACAAUCAAUCGCUAGUAAAUUUUCAUUUUAACAAUUUUUAUACCAAGUAUUGGCCAAAUGACCCUCACUAUACCUCCUCCAACCACAGCCGGUACUUUUUAAGUAUUGAUUCUGGUCAUUACGGGUUAUAUUAUACCAUUUUCAGUCAUGACGCCGAAAAGAAUAAAAAAUCGAAAAACAAUAACCAACACCAACAACAUGAAUUAGAGGAUCAGCCGGAAGAUGUGCUACUAGACGAUGCUUCCAAGUUCUUCAUUUCAAAAGUCAAUAAAGAAAUUAACUCUAGUAUCAAUUUCUUGAAAAAUCUUUCAAAUGAUUUAAGCUUUACAUCGUCUGGUAUUCAACCUACUUUAUGUCCAAAACGGUUCUUUUCUACUAGCACUCGUCAUCAAAAGGAUGCUUCUGCCACUGCUGAAAUCCCCCAAUCCAAUAUUCAAGAACAGCUGGAAGAAAUUGAAGAAAUUGAACUUUCAAACCCCGAACCUAGCUUUGAAUCUCAGUUCUUAACUACUCAAGUCAAUCAAAUCAUUAAUAUCUAUAAUAAUAGUAAAUCAUCAAGUGAUUUAAAUAUCAUUUAUCCUUUGUAUCAAUCUUUGAAAAGAAAUGAUUUGCCUUGUUCGUCAAUCGACGUUUAUAAUAUCAUUUUGGCUUCAAUCAAUGAACGUUCUUUGGAUAACGAUGACUCAUCUAUUCAAGCUAUUGAAUCUCGUCUCACAAAUUUGCUUACUGUUUAUCAAGAUAUUUUAAUUUCAGCUAAUUCUAAUGCUCCAUUGAAACCAAAUAAUGCCACUUUCUCAAUUGUUCUUCAAGGAAUUUUCAAAGGUAGUCUCGAUUGUAUUAAGUUAACCCAUUUUAAGAAAAUUCCUCAAGUUAACUAUAAUGAAAUGUUUGUUCAAGGUCAAGAAUUUUGUCAAAUUGGUAUUGAUUUAUUAAUGUCAAUUUCAAAAAUUGACCAAUUAGAUUUACAUAUCAUUUUACCAAGUUUGAUUUCAAUUCUCAAUGUUCAUCCAAACUUAUUAACUCCAGAUUUGUUAAAGAAAAUUUUACCUUUAGUUUUCAAUAUCAAUAAUGAUGGUCAAUACUAUGUCGGUUUAAUUAACUUAUCUCAAUACUUAUCUCAAUAUCUUAAUUAUUCUAAUGAUGAGGUCUAUUCUUUCAUUCAAACUGUCUAUUCAUCUUACAAAAAUAAUGCUCAAAUUUUACCUGACUUAAAUGAGUAUGAAUUCCAAAUAUAUUCAGUCGUCAUCAAUUCUUUGAUGAAAUCUCAUAAUAAAUCACUUGCAGUCAGCUUCCUUGAUGAUAUUUUAAUUGAUUAUAAAAAUUCAAUCAAUGCCACUGCUGGAUCUUUAGAACAAAAGCCUUCCAGAACUUUAUUGAAAAAAGAUGUCAGUACUUUGAUUUCAGUGUUUUUAGAAUCAAUCAUUAUUCCAGGUGAUAUUGAAUCUUGUGAGAAAUCUUUUAACUUAAUGAAUAAAUUUAAUAACAUUGCAUACCUUCCUGAAUUGACUGUUGAAUAUUAUAAUGAAUUAAUCAAUAACAUGAUUAAUAAUUAUAACAUUCGCAGUCAUGAAUUGAUUAAGGUUCAUCAAAAUGAAACUGACGAAUUUACUAAAUUGAAUCAAAUCCAGAAAUUAACAAAGUUACAAUCAACCCAGUAUCAAAAUAUUUGGAAAUUAUAUGAUCAUUUGGCAAUCCGUAAAGAUUAUCAAGAUUAUUCAAAUCAUGAAAAUUUAACCUCGAUCUUCUUAAAUAAUAAGAAAAUUCAAUGUCGUGACUUCUUAAUUAGCUUAUCAAUUGACAUUGGCGAUCAUGAAAGAGUUUUCCAGAUUAUUAAAGAAAUCUUAUUGAAGAGUCAUUUGAUUUAUGAUAUUCAAAUCUUGAAAAAAAUUUGUUCUUACCUUUAUCAAGGUAGUUUAUCCAAUAAAAAUGAUUACUAUUAUUCAUUAAUGUGGAACUUAAUUGAAUCCCAAUCUAGCCAUUAUUCUCAUGAAUCAAAUUAUUUGAAUUCUUUCAUCUCUGAAAUGAGUCAUUUUCUUGUUGGUAAUGAAUCUCAUGCUAAUAUAAUUCUCGAUUCUUUAAUGGUUGCCAAAGGGUUUGCAGCCUUUAAAUUGGAUUCUAAUAAUAUUUAUGGCUUAAUGUUGAUCAUGCGUCAUUUAAUGACUAUUGGUGAUCAGUUAGAAAUUCAAGAUUUGAAUAAAAUAAUUCAGUAUCAAUCCCUCUUAAUCAAUGAAUUCGAAGAUAGCGAAAAUCAUUAUUUAGAGGUUAACGAUGAUGUGAAGUUGUUUAAGCAACAAUUAAACACAAGUUUUGUUAAGCUUAUCGAUUUAGCUAAAGCGUCACCAAGCUUCAAGUUCACUAACGAUAUUAUUGAAGCAUGUCGCAACUUUGAUGAUAUAUCUAUUAAUCAAGAUGUAUCAACUAAGGUCAUUGAUGCGGACUACAAUUUAAAUUUGAGUCAUUUUUUACAACUCAAUUAUAAUGCCGGUGUUGAUAAAUUCAUUGAUUUAUUCAAAAAAGGAUACAAGUUUAAUGAAUCUACAUGGCUAAUGAUUAUUAACCAAGAUUUUUUGAUGAAAUAUUUAAUGAAAAAUCACGAUAUUAAAAUAGAAUCCUUCGUUUCAAGAAUUUUAGCACUGAACUUCACAAAUGAUGAAGUUAAGUCUCAAUUAAUUGCUAAUAUUAUCAAUUAUAAUUUGGAUAAAUUGAAUAUUCAUAUUUUGAAGUUUAUAAUUAAUGAAUCGAAUAUUGAUUUACUUAAAAAUUCUCAAAUUUUAGCUGAUUUAUCUAAGUGUUCAUCAACUUCUACCAAUAAGUAUUUCAAUUCUUUGAUGGUUGACAACUUCAGCACAUUAAUUAAAUCGAAUCCAAACAAAGAGUGGGUAUCAUAUUUUUUCACUGGUUUGAUUAGUAAACGCCAAUUUGAAUCACUUUAUUCGUUAUAUCAAAGCAAUUCAUCGAUUAUAAAUUCAAAUACUAAUUUGAAAUCCAAGCCAGACCUUUCAAUCUCAAAUGCAAUUUGCACCUGUUUAUUAGAAUUAGAAAAAUUUGAUGAGUUUACAGUGUACUUUAAAUCACUCACUGAAUUAAGUAAUAAACAAAAUUUGAAAAUUUCUGAUUCAAAUGAAUUGGUUCAUCUGUUAUUAAAUUACUACAUUGCAAAAGGUGAUUUUGAAAUCGCUUUGAAAAAAUUUGCACCUCUUAUCGAUAAAUUUGCUCUGGUUAAUCAAUCUUAUAGAUUUGCUGAGUUCAUGUACUCUUUAAAGAAUGCAAACUAUAAACCAAUUGAAAUGAAACGUUCCACAUUACCAGAAGUUGCCAAUUUUCUCAUUACUGGAAAGUCAACAGAGAAGAUUUUGGAAAAUUUCAAACAUGAUGAAUCUUACUUCAAGUCCAAAGAAGAAUUGAUAAACUUGAACAUGGCUCAUUUUGCCAAUGCUGCUCAAUUAUCCCAUAAGUUAAAUUUGAAUACUGGUCCUUUGAAUAAAACUUUUCAAAAUUACCUCAAGUUCUUGAAAUCAAUUAAUCAUAGAACUUUGACUACCGCCAAUCUUAUUAGUAUCAUCAAGGUUUUGACGGUCAUGAAAGCUAAUGAUUGGUUAAACAUCUUGAUUCAUAAAUUUAUUAAUCUUGAUUACGGAUUUUCAAAACUAAUCAACUUUUUCUUCCUUGAAAUAGAAGUCAAAUCUCCGGAAGAUCAAAUACGCAUCUUAAAACAAUUCCAAAAUGCUUUUGCUAGCUUAAAUGACUCUAGCAAUUUGAAUUUUAUCAAAGAUUUCAUCACCCACAAUAACCUCAACUAACGUUGAACCAUUAUUUAUUUUUCACUUCCCUCUAUUGCACAAUGUUGUAUUCUAUAACGUGUAUUUAAACUGAAAUCGUACAACUUGUGGUUUUCUUCAGUUUUCAAUUUUUUUUUUUCACUCUAGAACUAUAUUCUCCUCAGGGGCACGAGGACCAAUUUUUAAUUCACGG